AUGACAUUCACAACAUCCCCCUCCAUCCCCUCAUCCCUCUCCCUCCCCCCCUCAACCUUCCUCCAAUCCCACCCCCACAUCUCCCGCCUCAUGGCCUCAGCAAUGCUCUUCCGCCCCUCUCCCACCUCCCCCCCGCAAGUCCUCCUCCUGCGCCGCGCCCCAACAGACUCCUACCCAUCCAAGUGGGAAACCCCCGGCGGCUCAACCUCCGACCGCAAAGACGCGUCCCUCCUCGCCGGGGCGGUCCGCGAACUCCACGAGGAGACUGGCCUGACUGCCAAAACGAUCCUCUACCCCGUCGGCAUGCUGGACACCAUCCCCCACACGCUCUCCAACCUAGGUAUAUCGGCGGCGGAGGAGGGCGCCAAGAACGAGGGUGACGAUGCGCGGACGGUGUCGUUUCUGGAGACGGGCCAGACGUGGGGGAAGGUGACGGUCGUGGUGGACGUGCAUGAGGACUUGGACGACGAUGCGAGCGUGAGGGUGAGGGACGGGGAGCACGAUCGGUGGGCGUGGGCGACGGAGGAGGAGGUUAAAGGGGGCAGGUGGAUGGACGGGGAGGAGAUUGGGUUUGUGAGCGAGGGGGUUUGGAGGACGGUGUUGGAGGGGUUUAGGCUGUAUGCGGAGAGGGAGGGGAGGAGGUUGAUGAUGAGGUUUCCGGGGAAGGCUGACAAGGGGCCGUGA